AUGGAAACGAAACACGCGGAAAAAGAUCUGAAGCAAGCGUUCUACGCGCAAUCGUUCCUGAAGAUAAUCGGUGCUUGGCCAAUCGCUAUCGAAUCUCCUUUGAGCUCGAAAAUACAGAAAUGGUUUAUAAUUUCUUUCUGCAUUUGCUUGCAAAUAUGUAUCGUGACUCCGUGCAUUUUUGAGGCGCUCCUGAAAGAAAAGAAUGGAAAGAGAAGGAUAAAUCUGUUCAUGCUGCUCAUCAACACUCUGAGUCAGGUGUUCAAGUACGUGAUCACACUGAAUAGAGCGAACGAAUUGAGGAUAGCUAUACACGAGAUAAAAAAAGAUUGGUUGACCACCACGUCCGAAGAUCGAUUUAUCUUUGUCACGAAUUCAAGGAUCGGUCAACGAAUGAUGCUGAUAAUGGCUGUCAUCAUGUAUAGCAGUGGUCUCGGUUAUCGAAUGGUUCUUCCACUUUUGAAGGGAAAAAUUAUCCUACCGAAUAACGUUACCAUAAGAUUACUCCCUUGUCCAACUUACUUUACCUUUUUUAACGAAUUAGUUAGCCCAUACUACGAGAUGAUCUUUAUACUGCAACUUCUGGCUAGAUUUUUCAUUUAUACAAUUCUCAAUGGCACCGUUGGAAUUUCCUUGAUGCUCUCUCUCCAUAUGUGUAGUUUAUUGAAGAUUUUAACGAGAAAAAUGAUCGAUCUCGCGGAUGGAUCAAUUAUCAGCGAGAAAAUUAUGCAGCAGAAGGUAGUGGAUAUCAUCGAAUAUCAAAUAAAAAUCAAAAGAUUUUUGAGUAACACAGAAUUGAUCACGCAAUAUUUUUGUUUUUACGAUAUUGGUAGUAGCACGUGUCUUAUAUGUUUCAUAGGAUACAGCGUUAUUGUGGAAUGGGAAAACAAUAAUAUUGCUGCUAUAAUGAUUUACUUUUCGGGAUUAGUGACUUGCAUUUUUAUGAUAUAUAUAAUCUGUUAUAUCGGUCAACUUCUUCUUGACGAAAGUAAUAAUUUAGCACAAACAUGCAUUACUUUGAACUGGUAUCGUUUUCCAAAAAAGAAGGCCCGGUAUUUGAUAUUGAUGAUUAUUAUGUCCAAUUAUCCUGUAAAACUGACAGCAGCAAAAGUGGUGGACGUAUCUUUAACUACCUUCACCGAUGUGAUGAAGGCGGCAGUGAGUUAUUUAAAUAUAUUACGAGAAGUUACUUAAUGUUACUGUUAAUUUUCAUAUUUUUGAAAUAUAUUUUGAGAUAUAUUUUCGAUCACAACACAUAA